AUUGGGCACGUGAAUUCGUCAAUGGGCACAGAACGAAUCAAGCUUCAAUGAAAAUCGGUUCUUUUUUUUUCUUUUUUUUUGACACACGCAUCGGAGCUUCGGUGUCACUGGUAACAUCACUAAUAAAGUGUGUAUCGAAUUUUUAUGAUUCGUUGUAAGGGUUUAGGGAAUCGUUUUAAUGUCAUUUAAAGCGUUAUACAUGGUCAUAACAAUAUUUGGUCUCGCCCUAGAAAAUGGCGGACCCCAUAGUCGACUUUAAGGGAACAUGGUAUCGGUUUGAAACACAGCCCUUUUACACGCUGUCACGUUGGCUUGGACUCGUAGGCAAAGGUACGUUAAAAAAGACGUGACAAAAUGACGGCCACCACUUGAGGGAUAAACCGCUGGUUUAGGUUGUAGUUAUACAUAUAAAAAUAUGGCGCAAGAGAGUGAAACCGGAGAUGUUGACAGAGGGAGCGGGGAGUCGUGGAAGCGACGCCCGGACUUAGGCGUGCGGAGUCGGCAGCGCUCCGGAGACACCGCGGUGCAGGUGCGGGCCGUGAAGGCGGCGCUGAUGGACGCUCUGGGACCUCAUGAGCGCCUCAUCACCUACCUGCAAGCGGUUCUUUUGUGGGAGAGACCUGUACACAGCGUGCUUCUCUACACACUCACCAACUGCGGCUUCUGGUUCUUUGCUUUGAGCUCGGUGAGACUGCUCUUCCUGUUGGCUUUGGGACUGGCUGUGGUGGUGUGUGUCGACAUGUGGAGGAACAAGAUUUGGCCCAAAAUCAAAGUGAAGCGAGUGGAUGAGAGCGAAAACGAAAGCUGGGGCCUGGUGCAGCCCGGCACCAUAAGCGUACCCGAAUUGUGCCACCACAUGGCCGAAGUUUGGGUGAGCGUAACGUCGUGCGCUGUAGAUCUCGUCGAGUUUAAACGACACAACCCGGGACAGUUCUGCGUGCUGGUCUGUGGGCUGUUCUCUUUCUUGGCCAUGGUGGGGCGCUACAUCCCCGGAGUCUUCCUGUCUUACGUCGCAGUGUGGGGCGUGUUGUUGUGUCCGCUGGUGAUUUACUAUCGGCUCUUGCCGCGUGUGUGUGUGAGGCUGGAGCCGGCCCUGCAGUGGCUGGACUUCAGCGUCAAAGGCUACAUGAUGUCAAAGCCCAUAGACAAUCAGUUCCUUCGGCGCCCGAUCCGAGGCGGCACCUCUGGUGACACCAGCGACAGCGAGGAGGAGCUGGCUGCCUUCUGCCCUACAUUUGAUGAAGCGGCGGUUGCUAAGGAACUAGCGAUGACCGAUUCGGAGCACUCGGAUGCGGAAGUCUCGUACACAGAGAACGGCACCUUUAACCUGUCCAGGGGACACACGCCUCUCACCGAUGGCUCAGAGGAACUCGACAGGCACAGUGACCCAGAGGAAUCGUUUGCUCAGGACCUCCCAGAUUUCCCGUCGAUAAACCCAGACGCCACGCUGAUGGAGGACGAUGACGACCCCAGCCUUGGGCUGCCUAGCUUGGGCUCGAUCGGCAUCUCUGGCACUCGCGCCUCCACCUCCUCCGCUCUGCUGGACCUGGACACACAGCUGGACUCGGACCAGGACGACCUCGACACCGACCUCUCACUCGGCGGCCUCAACCUGACCUCCGACAUCACCGGCGAUCUAGCGAGCCUCCUGGCCAGCAACAUGAUUCAAGCAGCUCUCUCUGGGGCCCUGCAGGGUCCUCACACAUACAGGAAAGAGUCGAGCUCAGAGCUGGACCUGGACUUGGACCAGGACCAGGACCAGGACGACUUUGAGCUGCUGGAUCAGUCCGAGCUCAACCAGAUGGAUCCUUUAGGGGGUUCGGGGACGAGAGGAAGCGGACAGAACAGAACACAGGGAUCCAGCUUUCUGUCCAACCUGCUGGGGAAGCCACAGUGAGCCGUGUGUGUGUGUGUGUGUGUGUGUGUGUGUGUGUGUGUGUGUGUGUGUGUGUGUGUGUGUGAGUGAGUGUGAGAGAGUUCUGAUACACACCUACCUAUAUUACCACCUUCUACCUGUCCAUUCUCUAGCGCAUAGCGAAGAGCCAGUUUGCAGUGUGUGUACAUAUAGGUGUGUGUAAUGCACAGGUUAUGAAUGUUGUAUUCGGUCCCACUAAUCAGUGGCUCCAGUCAAUCACUGUGAAGUCGUUUCGUUUUCUCGGCUGUUCCUCCCGUUUCCCCCGUAAUUUCUUUCGUAGGCACAGCAAUAGUACACGAGGACCGGGAGAAAAUCUUACCGAAACCAGCAUAACAAACGCCAAACCUUUUUACAGCAUCCGAACGGUAUAACAAACUGAGCCUUAUUUUACAAACGCAAAAAUGACCAAGGCAAAAAUCCUGUACAGUCAUCAUCGUUUUAACACGAUACACUCACGAUGGGACCAAGCCACACAUUCCUGUAUAGAUGCUGUAGAUCUCACACACAUCCAGCAACGCAGCACAGAGCAAUCAGGAGUCAGUCAGCCGUCUGUACCGCAAAGACGCCGCUGAUCAACCAUCCAGUCUUAAUUCAGAACCUAGCGUGUCUACGUUUACCUCGCUUCCUGUUCGACGCUAACCUCAAACGCUACAAUUUCAUUUUCAUUUAGCUGAAGCAAAUAAACCUUGGGGUUUCUUUCUAAAAAAAAUUACUGCAACUUAGUCAUUUAUACAUAAAAAAAUGUCUUAUAAAAUAUACACCAUGUCCAAUGGGAACCAGUAAGGUCAGAUCAGUUAAAAAAAAAAAAAAAGUUUUAAUUAUUUCUUUAAUUAAUUAUUACUUAUACGAUUUAGUUUUGAUUUAUUCAUGUGAUUACUUACCUACUUAGCUAAAGAGCUAUCUCCAGUUUCCAGCCCCGAUUGUCACCAUGCAAAAGGGUCAGCUUACCGCUCCCUGACGUGUGCGUGAACACUGACACCGGUACUACGGGGUGUGGUAGCCUAGUGUGUUCGACUACGGAUCGGAAGGUUGGAAGGUCAAAUCCCAGGUCCACCAAGGUGCCAGUUAUGGGCCCCUGAGCAAGGCCCUUAACCCUUAACUCGGUUGUAUUAAACGAUGGCUGUGCACGAAAUGCCGUAAAUGACGGCAUCAGUGUGCUUGGUUUAUAAAUCUCCAGUACUGUGUCAUGAUGUGUUCACUGAUACCAAGCAAAGCAGGAGGUCUUCUUGCAAUGUCACUCGUGUCUCAGCACUCACAUAACCGUUUCUACGAGACACCUCCGAGUCAAAGCUGUAGUUUACGACAUCUCGCGUGCUGUAUAAACGCGUUUCGCAAGAAACAGAUGGACACGGAACUGAAAAAAUUGUUUUUUUUGCUGGAAAUUGAAGUCUUUAGGUUCCAGCAAUCCUGUCAUCAAAGCUGAUGUGUAACAGCAUCGACUAUUGCUGAUACACGCCUUAUAGAGGGAAACAUGGGCGUGCACCUAUAGGCCUGAUGUCGUCGUAGCAUCUGUGGUCAUCAGGCGAACAGACGCAGCCUUCGUUCGUUCGUCGAACAAGUCGAAUAAACAGACGUGACCUCUGCUGUAAGCUUAUCCUCUGCUUUAUACAGCAUGAGCAUGUUUUCAACAUGCUGUUCGGUUUUCCAACAGCCAAUCACACGGCGGAAUCGCACAGGUCACGCGAUCUGGGAUUUUCACACACUUCACACUCUAGAAUUAAAACUGAAGGUUGCGAGAAACAAAGAAAACCUCCAGUGUGUUCGUUCAGAGGGUAAAAAGACCUCGUCGCAGACGCGUCUCCCGAUAACCCCGCUUUACAGCCGCCGUGAGCGGAAAGGCAUCUCUAUAGAUCUAGACGAGUCUCUCUACACAUCUCACCUUCAGUCUUAAAGCAAGCCACACCUUAUGUGUAGUUAUUUUGUGCUGAAUUUGAAGCUGACUUCUGAUUGUGCGUUAGUAAGAAUAGCCGGCGGUGUGCAGUGGUGCAAUGAUGCUUCAUUUCUUUGUUUGCUGUCUUGCUUUUUUUCUUCUAUGACGAUAGAAGUGGUUCAUCUCGUCAUUCGUUUCAUCCUUUUGUAAUAGACCUUUAACCUGACAAACUCCUGUUUGACUUUUGCUGCUAAAGUGAAACUUGCUGAGCUUCACCAUAGACACGCGUGUGUGUGUGUGUGUGCGUGUGUAUAUAAAUAUAUAUAUAAUAUAUAUAUAUGAGCUCGUUAUGUCGUCUUCUAUCCAGUUUAGUCUUCAAACAGAUCGAUUAGACUGCUAAUAAGGCAGCAAUCACCUUCUGACAUUGAUUUUCAUUAAUAGAAUUACGCACCAUAACCUCAAUCCAGUUAGAGCUGCGUUCUAAAGUCGUCCUCAAAAGCUCAAGUCAUUUCCUCCUUAAUGCCAACUCACUUUUCUCUCAGUCUGUUAAGGUUAUUAAUAAGACAGAAUUUAAAAAAAAAGGUGGCUUGGCGAUGAUACAGAAAGUUUUGACACUGGAGACUCCUUACAUUACAAAUUCCUCUGUGUUACUAUGACAACUUAUAAGACGUAGAACUGACAGAAACGUCAUGCUGUUUUUUUUUUUACAGUACAUUUAUAAAUUUGGGGUUUUUUUGUUUGUUUGUUUGUUUUUUUUGGUAUUUUCAAGGCUUUUUUAUUUAAGUCGUUUCAUGCAGAAAAGAAAAAAUACAGCAUACACAAAUAUUUGAAAUGGAAAUUUCUGCAGUUUUGCCUAAAGAAACCCCCGACGAAUCUGUUUUCCUGUCACCUGCACACCUGCACAAAUACUCAAACGGACUGAAACCCGACCAGCGAGAAAAGAGGACGAGAGACGACGCGCACUGCUGUAUCUGGUAUUCUAUCUCUCUAAUGAAGAGAGCGCUUUAUCCGAAGCUGCCGCGUUGGUUGAUUUUAUGUUACUUAUCGUAUGACGUUAAAGUACUUUCUUUCUCCUCUUCGCUCAUCCAGUGUGAGCACCGGGUUCCCCUGCGGCCAUAAUUAGAAUCAUAGAGACCUGGAUCAAGGUGUAGCGCUAAAACGUGACAUUCAUCUUUCCCAUUAUUAUUUAUUUAGGGACAAAAUAAUUACCAACUAUUCAAUGUAAAACUGAUAAUCAAUAUUCUACACACACACAUGCACGCACAAACCUUGCGUUCUAUUCCAAAGCACUUAUUUCGGUUGGAUUAAAAACGACACCCCGUCUCUCCGACUACACGAUAACAUCUGAGCCGUGUCGUCGGUUCAAAAGCGAUAUUUUAUGACAGCAACGCAAAUAAAUUAUUAGCCAAUUAUCAUGAAUUAUCUCUAAUUUCAAAGUCAGCCUAAAAAAAACCUAACGUGUAAUCUCCUUAUUAAAAUGACACCCGUUUGUUUUCCGUAAAGAGCCGCGACAAAGGUUCUUUGCGUCAGAGCUCUUAAUCACUUAAUCCUGUAGAAUCACUGACUGGUUCUUCUUCCACGCUGUUCCUUUCAUCAGGAAAAACACGAAUCGCUGUUAUUUCCUUCAGUUAAUUUAUUCACCUGCUGUGAGCCAGAAAGAAAUGACUUUACAUUAGAGGAGAUUCAAAAGCAGUAAUAAAAUGAUAGGGAUUUACUUUGGAGGGGAAAAAAAAAAAAGAUUUGUUAUUUGUAAAUGUUGUAAUUAAAGAUGGAUUAAAGAAAACGUCAAACAGGAGCAAAAUUUCAGAAUUCAGGCUGCCUCUAUAUUCACCUCACAACAUAGACGACAAAGUUGUUUUUAAGGAUAAACAAUCCCAGUAAUUUAAUAGAAUGUGUACUUUAUAUAAAUUAUAUUCUGCAGUGUAAGUGUUGUGUACAUCUGAUCUGUAAAUCUUCAGUUUCUCUGUAGAUUUUUGAUAUGUUUUGAUGUGUAAGUGAAUAAAUUCUGAAAUUUAAACCUUU